UUAAGGCCAAAAAAUCAGUGGCGUGAAGAAGAAAGCUAUGGCGUUAGUCAACCAAAAAAUGUAAAAAAUUAAAGAAGAUGAGGCACGAUGACUUCAACUUCUGGAUUACACUGUUGACUAUCAGUUUGCAUUCGGGGGACCAAUGAAGACAUUGUCAUUCUGUUGUAUUAUGCAUUGGGACUUUGAAAUCAUUCCGAUUAUUUUACACAUUUGUUAGUAUACAUUCAGAACUUGAUUGGGUGAGAGUAAGAGAAUUGUUCCUGUGUAAGAUGUGGUUCUUGUGAAAUAGAAAUUCUUGAUAUAGUAGCUGAAUUCCGAUGGAUCUUACGAUUCAAUAUCUGGUCGCAGCAGUUACAGCCGUACUCUUCAUUUCUUUCCUCAUCAAAAGGGGUACACCAGGUUCCACCCGCAAGCCACCGGAAGCAGCCGGUGGGUGGCCUUUGAUCGGUCAUCUUCACCUCUUGGGUGGUUCCACUGAGCCUCCUCACGUAACCUUAGGAUCCUUAGCAGACAAGUAUGGCCCAAUAUUCAGCAUCCGAAUUGGUGUGCAUCCAGCUGUGGUGGUGAGCUCUUGGGAGUUAGCCAAGGAGUGUUUCACCACUCUCGACGUCGUUGUCUCUUCUCGCCCAAAAUACACCGCCGCUAAACUCUUGGGCUACAACUAUGCUAACUUUGGGUUUUCCCCUUACGGAGAAUUCUGGCGUGAGAUGCGCAAGAUUACGGCUUCAGAAUUGCUCUCCACCACCCGCUUCGAACUUCUUAAGGAUAUUAGACACUCCGAGGUGAAGAGCUCCUUCAAAGAAUUGUACAGAUCAUGGGCGGACAAAGGAGAUGGGUCACAUUAUUUGUCGGUGGAGAUGAAGCAGUGGUUCGGAGACGUCAAUCUCAACGUCAUUCUGCGGAUGAUUUCGGGAAAGCAAUACUCUACCAGAAGUGAAGACGAGCAACAGGUGCGGCGGAUUCGGAAGGUUUUCAGAGAGUUCUUCCGUUUGACAGGGUUGUUUGUGGUUGGAGACGCCAUUCCGUUUCUGGGGUGGCUUGAUUUGGGAGGUGAAGUAAAGGAGAUGAAAAAAACGGCCAUGGAAAUGGAUACCAUAGUUUCUGAAUGGUUAGAAGAACAUCGCCAGAAAAGAGACAUUGAUGAGAGCAAAACAGAGCAGGACUUCGUUGAUGUUUUGUUGUCGGUCCUUAAAGGAGUCGACCUUGCCGGUUACGAUGUCGACACUGUCAUAAAAGCCACCUGCACGAUGCUGAUUGCCGGAGCAACUGAUACCACAGCAGUUACCAUGACAUGGGCGCUGUCGUUGUUGCUAAAUAAUCGGGACGCAUUGAAGAAAGUACAAGAUGAAUUGGAUGAGCACGUGGGAAAAGAAAGAUUAGUGAAUGAAUCGGAUAUAAACAAAUUAGUUUAUCUUCAAGCUGUGGUUAAAGAGACACUGCGAUUGUAUCCAUCUGGGCCAUUCUCUGGUCCACGCGAAUUCACAGAAAAUUGUACACUGGGUGGCUUCAACAUCAAAGCGGGUACCCGAUUUAUAUUGAACAUUUGGAAAUUACACAGAGAUCCACGAAUAUGGUCAAAUCCAUUGGAGUUUGAACCAGAAAGGUUCUUGAGCAGCCACAAAAGUGUCGAUCUGAAGGGUCAGCAUUUUGAACUGCUUCCCUUUGGUGGUGGAAGGAGGUUGUGCCCUGGCAUAUCAUUUGGCCUUCAAAUGACACACUUGGCAUUAGCUUCUCUUUUGCAGGCAUUUGAAAUCACCACACCAUCCAAUGCUCAAGUUGAUAUGAGUGCCACGUUUGGACUCACAAAUAUGAAAACCACCCCUCUGCAGGUUUUAGUCAGACCCGCUUUAUCACAUCACCUACUCUUUGGUGAUCAUGUUUAGCAAAAUCCAUUGUAUUAACCAACGUCUACAACGUUAUUCAUCUAUUCUGAAACUGUUUAGUUGAUUGUAUGAUUAAAGAUCUUGUAUGUAACUACAUCUUACUUCAAUUUUAUUCCUUA